AAGGAUCCAAAGAAGCCAUCUGCUCACAUCGAAGCUGCCAACCUAAGACACAAGACUUAUCAGGCCAACAUAAGUACUUCAACUAUGUCUCAGUUUAUAACACCCCGACACAUAGAUACUAAACUCUCAAAGCAGGCAUUUAAAAGAGUUCUUUUUUUAAGCUUUCUCUUUUAACUGCCACAUGACAAGGUCAUUUGGGAGUGGCUGAUCGGGAAGAUUGUGAUAGGCCCAAAAUAUCGUGAAAGUAUUAUGGGAUAAGCAAGUUUUUUUUACCAGAUUCCCUCUUCUCUCCCUCCCACCGAAUCUCUCGCGCUUUUCAGGGGACUGAGGAAAAGAAGUUUUGGUUCGAAACAGUUUUCAAAAGAUUUGAGACCCCGGGCCACCUUUUAAGCGUCCAAACGUUAAUGUUCGUUGAAUGUUAGUUGUUUAUCAUAGUUUUAAAACUCCAAAGAGAAACAGAAAAAAACGACCAUGAACAUUUUUUUAUCUUUAACCCGCUACCGCGUCAGUAUAAUUCUUCCCUUAAUUUUUUUUUCUAGUGAUCAAAGACUGGUCAGUCAGUGCCCCGUUCAGCCAUCUUGCAGGCGGCAUGAAGUACCAGGAUGGAAAACUGACUGUGCUGUACUGGACGGUACUAUAUUUACCUGCAGAUCUACUGCAUAACGCCAGAAAGAGUCUAUGUUCGUGCAAACAACCGAGUCAUCACCAUGAUUCAAUCACCUACAACUUCGAGUACCAUGUACGUAGGUGGAGUUUUUCACCUGAAAGCUGGUGACGUCAUCACGUUUGGUUCUGCUUAUGCCAAUUUCCGAGUUUUCAUGAACAGCAUUCACACCUACUUUGGCGCGUAUUUGAUUUGAAAGUCAACUAAUUGCUGAGUGGCAAAAUCGUCUUUUUUAUUAAUAAAACGUUUUUGUUGCAAACAACAUGGUGACUGCACUACAACGUUACAAGUUUAAUAAAUGGAGGUCUCAUUAAAAAGGUUGAUUUGCUUUACUGUGCGGCGACUACUCGAACCGGGGCACUUGAAAGAAGAUUGUCCAAUCGCAACGAUUUCUGAAAAGAAAAGAUUCUCAAGUAUUUUUGCAAACGGACCAAUAAAAUUCAAGAUUCAACUAUAUGCAACCACUGAAAACUUUCACGUCGUUUGAACUUACUGACCUCUCGGGAAACAGCCCUCAAAUUUACGAAGGUUAUUGGUCCGUUUGCAAAACACUUAAUAAUGUUUUGUUUGCAGAAAUCAUUCUGAUUGGACAAUCUUCUUCCAAGAGCCUCGGAUUCAGGUAGUCGCUCUGUAAUAGAAUAAGCCAUUUUCUAGUAGAUAUGUCAAAACUGUUUCCAAUGAAUAGUGCGUUACUUCUGUAAUGGGUAUUUUAAGAUUUAAAUAAAAGAAUCGAUAGAGUGUGUAUAACUGACUAAAAUUAAAAAUGAAAGGCAUUUUAAGAGAUGAGUCGAAAGAAAUAACUCCGUACUGGAACUUUUGAGCAAAUCUUAUCCCAAGUUUAAAAGCUGCUAAUCCUGACGUUGUAAUUUGACAGGAAUCAGCAGAAAAGUCUGUCUUUAUGCGCAAUUAUAAUAAUUCAAAUAGUUAUUCAGCCAAUGCCAGCGAGGAAGGAAACAUGACUGACCUUUUUUUUUCUAGUUCUUUCCCCUUUUUUUCACCACGCUUUCAGUUUGAGUAUGCCAAAGACGCAGAGAGCGUUGAUAACGUAAAAGAGAGGAGGAGGGGGAAGUAAAUAAAUAAAUAAAAUAAAUAAAAUAAAUAAAUGGGGAUAAAAGGGAUAAGUUUCCCCACUCUCCGUUUUUCCCAGGUACAAUUUCAAGCCGUUUGAUGCGAGGGAACGCUAGGGCACAAAACGUUUUUGGCACCCUGGUUCUAAAUCAUUAUAAAUAUUGAUUCUAAUACACAUUUUGCUAAAGCAAAGUUAAGAGCAUUAAAGAGGUGGUAGUGAAUGGUAAAAUUAAGAAAAACAACAACAAAUUAAAAGAAACUCAAAAAGGAAGUUACAACCAACUAUUCCACCUUUUGCUACAUGUUUUGCUCAAAUUCCUCUGUACAUGUAUAAAAGCAUUGAUCUUAAAGAGUGUUACGAAAUCAGCUCAAAAUGACUGAAAAUUGUCAGUCCUCCUCUGAUUAAAAAUUUCGCCAGGAAGCAGACGUUAAAUGAACUCGUCUCAUUCGAUCGUUUUUAAAAGACAGAGCGUGUUUAGUUUCUAUUGUGCGUAAUCCUUAGGAAAAACGUUCACCCUCUAACCGAGAGAAUUUUCGAAUCAAAGGAUAUUUCUAUAAAACAGGGCGUGGCCGGUCUUCUGAUGCAGUCAUACUUAAUUUUGUAAAUGAAAUUGGAAGAUUUAUGGAAUAUAAUUAUUAUUGGCCCAUUUAGAUUUUUAACUCUUGAUUAGUUUUGUAUCAAAUUUCCAACAUUUGAAUUGUAACGACUUUCCGAUUCUUCAUUAAAUCCCCUGAAGAAGGAAGGCUUGUCCAUCCGAAAUAUCGGGAAACCCCAAGUCGCUUUUCUCUUUGCUGUUUUGUUAUUAAUGUCUCUAUAACUAUGUGCUCCUGCUUAAAUUAGUGCCAUGGGAUAUCUUGAAAAUGCUUAACGGAAGACCGACGCACUUUAAAAAACCUAACAGUUUGUAAAGAUCCAGGGCUUAAUUCUAUAGAUCCCGAAUUACACCUGUCAUGUUUAAUUGAGUGAGAUUUGUCUAGUAGUCAGUAUAGGCUGCUCGGUUGUUUAAAGAAGUCUCUAGUAAUUUAAAGCCUCGGGUUAUGGCUACAUUACGAAAAAUGGUAUAUUUGAGCCUCGUGUUAAACAGAUCAGAGCGAAGCUGCGCCUCACCGAUCUUUACAGUGGACAGUCACCUAUCUAAUAGGUUUCUGCGCCACUCUUCGAAGCAGUCUGAACACAAGGUGUUCAUUGUAGGCAGGAGUAUUUUUCAUGUCGAUUUUACAAGCCAUCGGAUAGAGAGUAAGUAGUACCCGGCUAACUCUCGUCCCAUUUGCCUGGGGCUUCCUGUUGAGUGGCGAGUCGCCGGCAAAAAACCUCGGUGUCUGGUAACGUCGUCGUUUGGUCGAUAGGCCGGGAUUGAGUCGCUAGUCGCUUUUUACAUGUCUUUGGGGUGAGAGAAGAUUGGGCUAGGUUGAGGCUUGCGGGAAAUCCCUUCCCAUGCGUCCCGCGCGCUCAACCUAAACUCAAUCUUCUCUCACUUCCCUCACUUCAAAUACACAUAAAUAGUGACUGGGUACGAGUCUGGGACUGAGGCGUUCGAAAGAAGUGGAGAGUUAAAGAAAAUUAUCGAUUAACUCUCAUGCUUCCAGUUCCCAGCCAGCCUUUUUUCUUUCUACGUACUCAUGAAUUACAUGACGAACAGUAUAAAAAGAAAUGACUCCGGAAUACGUUGGCUUCAGAAUGCCACCAGUUCGUGAUCUGACCCCUAAAUUCCGGGUUGCGAGCACUCAACUUAAAGUAAGAAAGAAGGAGGUUGAUACCCUUUUUUGAUAUAUCGAAGCGUCUUUCAUAGUUUUAUUUAUCAACAAUGAAUAUCUUUGUUGCUUUCAGGGAACUUCCGUGAUGUUGCUUUUAGACACUGGUGUUAGACAAAAACGGAAGUCUGUCGGGUAAAAAUGUAAAAUUCUCUUGUUUGUUCAGAAAAGUACGGAACAGAUAAAACUCAAUGAUAAGGCUGGUGAGAUUCCAUGCUGGGGUAUUUGGGUUGUUUUUUCGCUAAACCUUUUGGGCUCAAAAAUACGAUUUUUUUUUUAAUCAAUCGCAGACUCUGAAAGACGGUUAAUCCAGUCACAUGAACGAAAUUCGCGUCCUUUGAAUACAAAUGAAAUUGAAAGGCUUGUCGUCAUGCUUUAUUGCAUAAUUAUCAGGAGCAAUUCUUCACUCUGUCAAAAAGAGUCAACUAACGUUUCUAAAAAUUGUACGUCUUCUUCAAUUUGAAUCGAGUUUCACGGUUUCACUGUUCUAUUACGAGAGGACGCCAUGCUUCUGACGCGAGAGUACAUUCGAGCCCGGUUCCUCAAAACUCAUUGUGCAUAUUAAGCAAUGAUUAAAAUAGUGUAACUUUCAAUUGAGGUUUCCUUGCCUAAGAACACUGUUGAGCCUUUACUUAUAAAUGAAGUUGUGGUAAUGCAAAGGAAGUAAAAUACAAGAAUGAGGCCUUCUUAGAGGUGGGGAGAGUACAUAUCUCCCUGCCAUGUCCCUAUCGGUAUUUUACCUGUAUCGCGUUUUGUAAAGUUGUUCACUGAAAACAAAAGCGAGUUGUUUGUGUUAUGGCUAAUCAGUGAUCACUUAACCAUCCGGCUUUCGGGAAGGGCUUCGAAGGAUCAACGCCAUUACAAUUGCAAUACCUGGUUCAUUAGUAACGUAUUCAGUGUAAUUUCACGUUCCCUCCUAAGCCCAAAUUAUAUCACAAAGUGAAAAUUCUAAUUUAAUUCUCAACACGAUAGAAACUUGUCGCGUUUCAAUGUAAAUAAAGUAUUUCCGUUCAGCUUUUUAUACCCGUGGCAGAAAAAUUUCGGGGUCCCCAGAUUCAAUCGAUUAUAACUAGUGUCUCGAAGUUUUCCUCAGUUUUUAGAGGGGUUCAUCUUCGCUGAGUUUCAGUAGCUUUGUUGGCCCGGACUGUACAGCAAUUGAAAUGCGUCUUUGACUUCAUAUAUCUUAUUCGCUAAAGAGGAACAAAUGGACCAUUUGUAGGGGAAAAAUGAGAAACGUCUUACAUAAGCAAACACAAGAAGUUUGAAUUUGCUCUAAACGGUCUCAGAGAAAAAAAUUCAUAACAAAAACAACCUCUCUUUCAGCCGGAAAGGAAAAGAUUAUAUACAAUAUAAAUAAAAUGAAAUAACUAUUUAUUAGCAACUAAGUAAACUUCCAUUUAUGCUAAUUUGUCACAAAUGAAGAUAACUUUCAGAAAUUGUCUUCUUUUCUGACGUUUUCUUUUUGUAGAGUUUUAGUUUCAAAUCCUAGCGGUAGAAAAUGAGUUAUUCUUCUCCAUUUCUUUUCUUGUUUCACAAAGAAAACUAGUCUCAUUUUAAGCCCUGGCUCAAGCUCGCUAUUGAUUUAAGUGCUUGUUAAUAUUAAAAAUAGAUAGUACGCCGUCUGCUUUUGUGUAAAUCUCUUACACAGCGAAAGUCACUGACAGAAUACAGUUCCCGAGACACUAAAAGGAACAAAUGUGGGAAUAAGCUUCACUUAUCUCAGCGUGUGUGUUUGGUUGCCUUUUUGUGUAGUUUAAUUUUAUAGUUAAUUUGUGCCUCGCUGUUUGGCUUGGCGUUAUUGUUCCUCCCUAACGAAAGUGAUUGCCAGCCGGAGGCCGGAGACUCUCGACUCGCCUGCUGUAGACAAACAGCUCAAAAUGGUUUUAAAAUGGUUUAAAUUACUAAGAUCUACUUUUCUGUUAAUCUCGCCGAGAUCUCAGUUUAAUUUUUGCAUGGGUACUGUUUGUAAAAAAAAAAAAAAAAAUUGGCUCCUAUGAUUUCACAAUUAAUGUUUGAAAACAAACAAAAAGUUAGACCCUCAUGCGAAUGAGUUUUCGUUAAUCGUUGUUAGAAAGGUAGAAGUUAUGUUUUACAAUGAUCGUUCUUCAGAUACUGCUUUCCUCGGAACCCACAGAAAAUUUAGUAAAGUUUCCAUUUUGCUGUUGAGAGUGGUGAAGAAAUUUUGACAAUAAAAGAAUUUAAAAUAGGAAUUUAUCAAAGAAUUUAGUUUAAAUCACGGGUAAUUAAUCAAAUCGCAGAAGGGUUCAAUUAUAAAAAGGGUUGUUAAAAAGAUGUAAAGUAGCAUUGGACUGCUGAUGAUCGUUUCCCAUGCAUUUUAUGCCCCAUGCAAGCUGAUACAAAAGCUGAUAGAAAUUCGGGGCCAUGAAAUCUUAUUCAUAACUUUAAGGCGAUCAAAGACUAAAAAUCAAUUUACAUCUGAAAGUAUGUUAUAUCUUAAGGAAAGCGCAAGAAAAAGCACAGGAGUCAACUUACGCAAGCGAGACUCAUAAUCUGCAACCCGUUUUUCGCCCCGGUUGGCGGGGGGGAGUAGUCCCUUAUAUAGGCUAUAUAGGUCUUAUAUAGGCUAUACAGGCUAUUUAGGUUUUGGUCUGAAUCGACCAUUUUGUCUGAAAUAGGGUAUGGUUUGUGCACUCUAGUCUUGAAUUGGGUAAGUUUUUUAGAAGAAUUAGCUACGUCUUCAUCAUUUGGUAAUAAGACCAUUCCCUUUCAAUGUUUACGCCAACUACCGUGUACGUGCCGUAACAGCUUGUCACGCGCUCCGGUCACGCGAAGGGCUCCCGGCCUUCAGGUAUCAAAUUUUUGAUCAGGUCUGAAAUAGGGUAGGGAAAAUCACAGAUUUUGGUCUGAAAUAGGGUAAGGGUUUCAAGAAGCGUGCUGCACACCCCCUCCCAAUUUUUCUGGAAGUACCCCCCCGGAAUUUUUGGGAUACAAAAAGCAGGUCAUUGUGCCAGGCGUUCCUUGCGGAGACCGUGGAAACUGGGACUAAGAAUCUUUGCGUGAUGGAAGCCACGCAUGUUUUGCGAAGAAAGCUUAAGAAAGAUUAAAUUUAGAGCUUUUCCAAAACGUGUCGGUCCACGAAUUCUAUCGCUUGAAAGCGUCGAUUACUUUGGAGCGAGUGAACACUACUGAGCGGUCGAAAAAAAUAAGAAUCUUAAUUAGCAAAUUACACGCGUAUAGGCUGCUACCGCAGAGAUAUUUUUGGUCGUCGCUAACACGCAUACUACAUCAAUUCAGAAACAAGAUAAGAAGUAUCGACGUCGAUAAAGAAGGAAGUAAAAAAUCUUUAGCGAGUAAAUCAUGUUUCUUGUAGUAUUAAUCGCCUCCUCAUUUCUCGAUCCAAUCUCCAAGCAGUCGAUACCUGAAUGCCGCUGUAAGCGUGUUCUUGUUAUAUGUAAAUUGGAUCAUGGUUCAUCUGCGUUGUAGUGAAAAAGAUCAAAGGACUGAAUCGCACGGUCGUCACAAUAUAGAGUGUAAAAUAUGCAAUUAGUAUAGACUGUUGCGGUUAAUAUUAAAGUUUGGCCGCGAACGUACAAGAAGAAAGUAAUCGUUGUACUAAAACAGAAUAAAUAUUCAGUUUCACAAAAUGCUUUUAUCCAAAGGAAUCAUCUUAAUUAGUACAUGGAAAAAAGAAGAAUGACCGUGCAAUCUAGUUUUGGUACCUGCUAAAAGUUAGACCGAAAGUAUAAGGCCUUUCUUAAUAACACUUCAAGUUUAGGCUUGGACCUUAAAGAAACAGUUGUUAUCGGUGGUGAAAGUAGCUGAAAGUGAAGACCCAUAAAAAAUUCUGAAACACGAACGAAAUUCAAGUCCUGUUAUAUGAAUAACACUACGAGCCUCAGCGCUCCGGAAGUUAAAAAAUUCGUACCGUCUGGUUGCUAUGAAGUGACGUAAUCAUCCAGUUGAGUAUCCAUCACCGUAACACUUUUGCGGUCAACUACCGCAGCGCUCGUAAAGUACUUUAAUUAAAACCGUGUUCAAAACCCUGUAGGAAGUCUGUUUAUUUUUGAGUCGAUUAAUGCACUGCUGACUUUCACGAGGUCAACUUUUGCAUAAAUUAUCAAACAUGAUGUUAACCGGGAAAUCUACCUAUGGUUCGCGGGGGAAGCAACUUCUAUAGCGGCGCAAGACAAAUGUUUCGAGAGUCGAGGAUGUGCUCACAAACUAUUCAUGUAUGCGACGAAAGGAGAAAUCACUGGCAUGAUAGCUGCAUGUAAAAUUAAUUUUAUCAAUCCAGGUCGCGCCGUGUUCGCUCGAGAACGUUGUGACAACUUCGUUUGGCGCGCUCCUCAAUACUUCCAAAACAUGUUGUAAUCGGUAAGUAGACUUAAGCACUUAGUAUCGCCAAGCCAUUCGAAUCAGUGUAUACCCAAUUCUUUGUCUGAAGAUUCUCGCAAACACAUAUACCAAGUAAAUCUGGAUGGAAGAGAAAAUUGUCUCCCUAAACGCAGCCAGAUUAUAUUUUGAAGGAUGGCGGCACAAUUCAACGCGUCUUCCAGGUCAGCCCUAAUUUAUAGUUCGUAAGAGUAUAAAUUGCGAUCUCCCUAUUAAGCUUUCUUUGAUAAAACUUCAGUGGAAACAAAACAACGCAGACAUGACAUUCUCCUGCAUGAGACACAAUCGGCUGAAGGAAAUAUCUGUUUACAAGUCGGGUAAAUUAUCCAUUCUUGCGCACCGCAAAAUCAGCUAAAAUCAUGAGCGCUUCUAAGAAUACCACGUUUAGAACUUCGACGCGUAGGAAAAAAGGCAGUUGUUCUAUAUCCUUUCUGGUUCAUCCAGGUAGAAGUCCUGGCAUGAUAUAAUUAUGCCUGAGCGCUUCUAGGAUAUGUAACACGUUUAGCAUUUCGACCCGUAGCCGUAAAAAAAAUUUAGGCAGUUGUUCUAUAUCCUUUCUGGUUCAGCCAGGUAGAAGUCCUGGCAUGAUGUUAUUAUGCCUGAGCGCUUCUGGGAUAUAUAACACGUUUAGCGUUUCGACCCGUAGCCGAAAAAAAGAAAUUAGGCUGUUGUUCUAUAUCCUUUCUGGUUCACCCAGGUAGAAGUCCUGGCACGAUGUUAUUAUGCCUGAGCGCUUCUAGGAUAUAUAACACGUUUAGCAUUUCGAUCCGUAGCCGAAAAAAAGAAAUUAGGCAGUUGUUCUAUAUCCUUUCUGGUUCAUCCAGGUAGAAGUCCUGGCAUGAUAUAGUUAUGCCUGAGCGCUUCUAGGAUAUAUAACACGUUUACCAUUUCAACCCGUAGCCGCAAAAAAAAAAUUUAGGCAGUUGUUCUAUAUCCUUUCUGGUUCACCCAUGUAGAAGUCCUGGCAUGUUAUUAUUAUGCCUGAGCGCUUCUAGGAUAUAUAACACGUUUAGCAUUUCAACCCGUAGCCGUAAAAAAAAUUAGGCAGUUGUUCUAUAUCCUUUCUGGUUCAUCCAGGUAGAAGUCCUGGCAUAUUAUUAUGCCUGAGCGCUUCUAGGAUAUGUAACACGUUUAGCAUUUCGACCCGUAGCCGUAAAAAAAAAUUUAGGCAGUUGUUCUAUAUCCUUUCUGGUUCACCCAGGUAGAAGUCCUGGCAUGAUGUUAUUAUGCCUGAGCGCUUCUAGGAUAUAUAACACGUUUAGCGUUUCGACCCGUAGCCGAAAAAAAGAAAUUAGGCUGUUGUUUUAUAUCCUUACUGGUUCACCCAGGUAGAAGUCCUGGCAUGAUGUUAUUAUGCCUGAGCGCUUCUAGGAUAUAUAACACGUUUAGCAUUUCGACCCGUAGCCGUAAAUAAAAAUUUAGGCAGUUGUUCUAUAUCCUUUCUGGUUCACCCAGGUCGAAGUCCUGGCAUGAUGUUAUUAUGCCUGAGCGCUUCUAGGAUAUAUAACACGUUCAGCAUUUCGACCCGUAGCCGUAAAAAAAAAUUUAGGCAGUUGUUCUAUAUCCUUUCUGGUUCACCCAGGUAGAAGUCCUGGCAUGAUGUUAUUAUGCCUGAGCGCUUCUGGGAUAUAUAACACGUUUAGCGUUUCGACUCGUAGCCGAAAAAAAGAAAUUAGGCAGUUGUUCUAUAUCCUUUCUGGUUCACCCAGGUAGAAGUCCUGGCAUGAUGUUAUUAUGCCUGAGCGCUUCUAGGAUAUAUAACACGUUUAGCAUUUCGAUCCGUAGCCGAAAAAAAGAAAUUAGGCUGUUGUUCUAUAUCCUUUCUGGUUCACCCAGGUAGAAGUCCUGGCAUGUUAUUAUUAUGCCUGAGCGCUUCUAGGAUAUAUAACACGUUUAGCAUUUCAACCCGUAGCCGUAAAAAAAAAUUAGGCAGUUGUUCUAUAUCCUUUCUGGUUCAUCCAGGUAGAAGUCCUGGCAUAUUAUUAUGCCUGAGCGCUUCUAGGAUAUAUAACACGUUUAGCAUUUCGACCCGUAGCCGUAAAAAAAAAAUUAGGCAGUUGUUCUAUAUCCUUUCUGGUUCACCCAGGUAGAAGUCCUGGCAUGAUGUUAUUAUGCCUGAGCGCUUCUAGGAUAUAUAACACGUUUAGCGUUUCGACCCGUAGCCGAAAAAAAGAAAUUAGGCUGUUGUUCUAUAUCCUUUCUGGUUCACCCAGGUAGAAGUCCUGGCAUGAUGUUAUUAUGCCUGAGCGCUUCUAGGAUAUAUAACACGUUUAGCAUUUCGACCCGUAGCCGUAAAAAAAAAUUUAGGCAGUUGUUCUAUAUCCUUUCUGGUUCACCCAGGUAGAAGUCCUGGCAUGAUGGUAUUAUGCCUGAGCGCUUCUGGGAUAUAUAACACGUUUAGCGUUUCGACCCGUAGCCGAAAAAAAGAAAUUAGGCAGUUGUUCUAUAUCGUUUCUGGUUCACCCAGGUAGAAGUCCUGGCAUGAUGUUAUUAUGCCUGAGCGCUUCUAGGAUAUAUAACACGUUUAGCAUUUCGAUCCGUAGCCGAAAAAAGGAAAUUAGGCAGUUGUUCUAUAUCCUUUCUGGUUCACCCAGGUAGAAGUCCUGGCAUGAUGGUAUUAUGCCUGAGCGCUUCUAGGAUAUAUAACACGUUUAGCAUUUCGAUCCGUAGCCGAAAAAAAGAAAUUAGGCAGUUGUUCUAUAUCCUUUCUGGUUCACCCAGGUAGAAGUCCUGGCAUGAUGUUAUUAUGCCUGAGCGCUUCUAGGAUAUAUAACACGUUGGCAAUGAAAUCGACCGCAGACUUUAAAAUGUUCUUUUUAGAAGGCACUGAAUUAUUUUUUGCGGACAUUUUGUUUGAUACCGCAUUUUUAAUUAAUUUUAUUUGUCGCCCCAGGAUGAUGACAUGAUUGCGUGAAAAUUGACGCCUCUAUCAUAUUAGAUGCGAAAUACGAUCAGAGAUUAAGGGAAUAGGGAAUGUUGCAAGCUACUGGGUAUCCAGCUGAGAUAGCUGACUUUUACUCAGCUAUCUCAGCUGGAUACUGAUGGGUUUUUUUGGUUGCUAAGACCGUGCAGCUCGUUAUGAUAUGAAUGCCUCGUCAUGAGUUAUUGCAUCAUUUCUUAGUGAAAAAUACUUGUUUUUCUAAACUUCUUAAAAAAAAGUAAACAAAACAGAUAGUAUGAAUCAUCAGCCUACAGUCUACGGCUUCAUUCUCUAAUCACUUUUUACAGGUAACAUCCAAGAGCUGUCGAGGACAUGAAGCUCGUGUUUAUCAUUGUCGCGUCGGUUUAUGCCAACUUGUAUUUCUGCGAAGCGGGAAGUAUUUCAGGAAAUCAAGUAAGAUGAUCCACCGUUCUCUUACUUAUGUCAUCGUCCGUGUGGUAGUAUUUGCUAGUCCUUUAAUAUCGAUAGAUAAAAAGUCGAUCGCACUCCCAAAUAGUCCCAAAGUAUUUUAGAGUUGAUAAGCUUACUUCCUUUUAGUUAAAAAUUACUGACUGUUAAAAAUGGCGUUCGUUGAAGGAAAUCCAUAGAGAUUACAAAAUGUUUUCAAAAUCCUCUUGCAUUCAACUCCUUAAUUUUCCUACUUUUUCUUAAUCAACAGAAAAUUUGCGCAGAUUCUAAGCAGCCAAUCAACAUCAAUGUUUACGGAAAUGGUUGCGCAAAGGUAACAUACAACCACUUUCCUGAGAUACCGCUUGUAGUACUAUAUAUCCGCAUAGCACGUCACUUGUGUGUAUCAUGUAUUUUUAGGGUGAAAAAGGUUCGAAAGGAGACAUGGGAUCCAAAGGGAACAACGGAAGUAACUGCCAAUGUUCCUUACAGGUAAAAGCAACAGUUUAAAAACUAAGAUUAUUAUGGUGAAAAUAUUACAAACCUAUUCACCUUGAAAAGCCGUUAAAAAACUUGUAACAGUAACAAACAUUAAAAAACAAAACAAAACCGAAAUUUUCUGAAAACUGUUUGGUUAAAGAAACAAAUCGAAGUAGGAACUCUUGAGUAGAAUAAGAGAAAAUAACGUUCUUACUUUCUGUCUUAUAAAUUAUUUUUCCUCAAAUAAGUGCCACUUAUAUUAUUCUUUCAUGAGCAGGUUGAUUAUGAUCGAGUAUGAUAUUGUCCUAUGUUUUACAGUAUGAUAUGAGUAUGAUAUUGUUCUUUGUUUGCACAGUAUGAUAUGAGUAUGGCACACGUAUUGUUCUUUGCUUUACAGAAUCCAAACAAGCCAUCUGCUCACAUCGAAUCUGUAAACAGACAAGUCGUGACCUAUCAAGCCAACCAAAGUAUAUGCGUUCUUAACCAUUCCCUACACCUUUAACCAACCACUAAACUUCAUUAACCAUAACAUCGAGUCUGUCAAUGGUCAAAUAACAUCGAAUCAGCUUGUUUAGAUUGUCUUUUGUAAAAUUCGAUGUUUUAACACACUUUAAUAAAUGUGUAUAAAAAGAUAAAAGCUCAGUGUUACAAACAAGAAGAAGAUCAUUCAAAUAUAGACAGUAAUUUAUGGAACACUUAUCAAAAUGUUAAAUUCGUCCAUUUGUUUUUCCGAAGUGGACUAGCGCAUGUAUAAAUAAUAAAUAUAAGCCCUGGAUUACGUCAUGAUAGUGUGCGUUAGUGGAAAACACAAUAAUUAACAUCAACUGUCUUUUAAUCGCACAGUGAUUAAAGACUGGUCUGUUACUGCCCCGUACAGUCAUCUUACAGGCGGCAUGAAGUACAAUGAUGGAAAACUGACUGUGCCUACCACUGGACGGUACAAUGUCUACCUGCAGGUCUACUAUCACAGCAAUGGAAGGGUCCAAGUUUGUGUGAACAGCAAUGUGGUGACCAUGACUCAGCCCCCUACCCCAGGGAAAGGCGACCAUGGUACCCUGUACGGAGGCGGGGUUUUCAACCUGAAAGCUGGUGACAUCAUCACGAUCACUUCAGCUCACAACAACUGCAAAAUUUUCAUGUGGAGCGUUCACACCUACUUUGGCGCGUAUUUGAUUUAA